AUGAAGCUUUCACAGUCUCUCGCAGCCCUGGCGGCAUGCGCCCAGCUUGGAUACGCUCUGGACCUCGACGUCUCAUCACCAGAUUCUAUCCGCAAUGCAGCAUCGACACUCGCGCAUGGCCUUAUGAACUACUACCAGAACAACAAGACCGACACACCAAAGGAGUCAAUAGGCACAUUACCUUAUCCUCUGUAUUGGUGGGAGGCUGGCGCUGUCUGGGGAGGUCUCAUCGACUACUGGGCCUACACCAACGACACGAGCUUCAACGAUGUUGUCAUGCAAGCCAUGAUGGCUCAGACGGGCACAAAUAAUGACUUCCUUCCCGAAGCAUACUACAGCAGCAUGGGCAACGAUGACCAAGCCUUCUGGGCCUACGCUGCCCUCUCCGCCCUCGAAUACGGCUUCCCUGACCCUCCAGAGGGCUCACCGUCUUGGGAGACGCUCGCCGUAAACGCCUUCAACUCUAUGGCUCCUCGCUGGGACACUACAACAUGCGGUGGAGGAUUGAGGUGGCAGGUCUUUUCGUCAAAUGCAGGAUGGAACUACAAAAACUCGGUAUCAAACGGAGGCUUUUUCCAGAUGGCUGCUCGUCUGGCACGCUACACUGGCAACAGCACAUACUACGAUUGGGCCGAGAAGAUCUGGGACUGGGAGACUUCGGUUGGGUUGAUCGACAGCAGCUACCGGGUCUAUGACGGCGCUAGCACCACCGACAACUGCCAGGAGAUUGAGCAGCUACAGUGGACCUACAACCCGGGCAUCUUCAUCUACGGCGCUGCAGCUCUGUACAACUAUACUAACGGUUCUUCUACGUGGGAGACGCGUUUGACCGGUCUGAUUGAGCAAGUCGACCAGUCAUUCUUCCAAGCCUUUGACAAUGCCACCAACAUCAUGGUCGAAGGAGCCUGUGAGCCGUACAAUACCUGCAACACCGAUCAGUUCAGCUUCAAGGCCUACCUGGCUCGCUUCCUCGGAAAAGCCAUGGUUGUCGCACCUUACACCCACUCCACCAUCCAACCCCUUCUCACCACCUCUGCUCAAGGUGCUGCCAAAUCUUGCUCUGGACCAAGUGAUGGCGUGACUUGCGGUCAAAAGUGGUACACGGACUUCGAUGGAAAAUAUGGCAUUGGACAGGAGCUCUCAGCCCUCGAAGUAACUCAGGCCCUCCUUAUUGAUGAGGCACCCGAGUUGAUGAACCACAACAAUGUCAAGAUCAAGCCGGCCACCACGUCGAGCACGCUCGAGCCGACUGUCAGCAUUGGAUCUGCCAGUGUAUCUGGUAUCACGAAAACAUCUGCCAUGACCACAACUGCCAGAUCAGCCACAGGCACAGGCACAUCCAAAGCUGAACCCUCGAGUACAGGCGCUGGAAUCAUGAACAGCGCCGUUCCUCGUGUCGGUGCCUUGGUCGGAGGUGCUUGGAUCGGAGCAGCAAUCUUGCUGUAG